UUCCCACCCAUUUUGCGACAAUCAAUCUUCUUCUCAAAUCUUCUCAAUCAAUCUUCUAAUUGCUCUUUGCUUCUCAAUCUUCUUCUCGUUGGGAUUCGUGUAAUUGCUUUGUUCUACUCAAUCUUCUUCUCGUUGCGAUUAGGGCAAAAGGUGUUUCAUUUCAAUGAUUAUCAGAUGAGUUUUGUGGCUGAUUCUCCAGUAAAUUCAUCCAGCAGCGACGACUUUGCUGCAUUUCUUGAUGCAGAGCUGGGAGGUAAUUCAGCCUAGUCAUCACCGGAUGAAGAAGCUGAAGAUGAUGACUUUAAAGAUGAGGAAGCAGGGGAUGAAGAACCUGAGGAUGAGGAAGCCAGGGAUGAAGAAGCUGAGGACGAGGAGGCUGGGGAUGAUAAUGACCUCAAUAACAAGAGGAUAAAAAGGUGCAAGGUGGAAGUGUUGGAAAGCAUACACAAACAGGGGUCAACUUCUUAUGCAACUCUAGAACAGCAAACAGGUAUAGUUUUCUAAUAGAAUUUGGUGUGUCUUUCAGUUUUGUUGGACCUAACACUCCACUAGUCCCACUUGAUGAACUGCUGGAGACUUAUUUGAAAAAGAAAGAUCUAGCUUGUGCUUAUGUCAGGCAUAAAUUGUGUUUCUCUUUCGUUUGAGGUUUACUUUCAUUUAGACUAGCACUAAUUUGGCUGGAUUAAAUUUCUUUGAACAAUGUUAUGAUGUGCAGAAGCAACUGCAAACGUGGACAUAUGCACACAUCCAGGAUCCUUUGGAGAAAUGUAUUGAAUAGAUUUCUUUUGCUCCGUUGUUUCUUUCUCACUAUUUGUAAUAAACAUUUCUCAGGUUGCAGAGAAGCCUAGCAUCACUCUCUCAAUUGCUACUGCUCUCUCAUGGCAAAAUGUUUACAAGGAAGGAUAGUACUGAGUUUCACGAGUUCGAUGCUGUAUUUCUUGGAUCUCAAGCGCAUUACGAAGUCACAUUGGUCAUUGGACAUGUUUUCAGGUGUUGAAGGGGGAUUUGACAACAAUGAAGCUGAAUAUGACGAAACUCAUAAUAUAGUCAUAUUGCCUGAUUAUGUAACACUUCCUUUUCCUUAUGUGGAGUUACCCGAGAAGGUAAGGUUGGCAGUGGAUGCCAUCUUAAUGGCUGAGGGUGCUGAGCGGAAAGACCAGUUGCAGCAUGGACAGCUAAUCAGAAGCAAACCACUGCAUAUGCAAUGAAUUUGCAACAGAUCGACAAUGGUGUUAUUGAUCCGCCAGCUGGGUGGAAACGUGCUAAGUGUGAUAAAAGGGAUAAUCUCUGGUUGAACCUUACCGAUGGCAAUACUACUAUCGAUCAAUUUCGUUUACUAAAUCAAUUGAAAGAUUGUUGAAUGUUUAAGUUUAUUGUUGAAUUGUGAUCAUUGUUGUUGG